AAUUAAGGUAUAGAUUGGGAUGCAUACAUUCUCCCUAUGGCCACCGUCCAAUUAUAUUCAGGGUUAAGUUUUAUUGACGGCCAUUCUUCUUUUUGUUAGGUGGUGUUAAAGUAUCUUUCAGAAGUCAGUAGAUACAGGAGUUUGAUAGGAAGAAAAAUAUCUUUGUUGAACACCUUGGAGAUUUAAACAAAGAAAAAGGAAAUGUAGAUAUUCAUGAAGUUUAUUAACGUGUACAUGUAUCAACAAUGCCAUCACCCCCAUCAAAACAUCUUGCGUGUGUUCACCACUGAGUGCCAAGAUUGCACGCACGUGAUACAUAUACAGGAUGUAUCACACAUGGUACAAUAGAGAUUUGUCUUGACAAAAUACCAUGGCUUCUGUUUGGAUAAUAGAAAUGUACAAAAUAAUAUUAACCUUGACAGUUUUCGCGUAAUAAUCGCGUGAAGGAAUUCGGGGAUACGAAAUGUUCGUUUUAUCCAAUCAAGCCGCUAGAUUGCUAUGCUUGACACGAGAUACACGUAACCAGGCUUUAAACACAUUUGUUGCACUUUGUUUUGGGACCUGAUUUCCGAAAGUGAACUUGGUGUGGUUGUAGACAAGAAGGGUUUGUAAAUAGGCCUGACAAAAUCACAAUGUGUGUGCCGUCAGUUUUCUCUUUGAAUAUAGAGUUUUGUGGCCACGGCAAUAUAGGGUUUAUAGCACUUCAGGGCUAUAGGGGUACACACUCUGAACAGGACAUCCAACUUGUAUUGCUGAGAAAGAUGAACCCGAAAGUGGCUCUUUGUAGUGAUGGAGGAGUUAUAAGUGAUCAUUUUUUCAAGAUGGCGAUUGGCUUCAUCAGGACUUUACUGUUACGGGUGACCAUCUCUGGAGGGAUAAGUCAACCCAAAGUCAUCAGUUAACCUCAAGGAUUUGAACGGAAAGUGACAAGAGGGUAUGUUAUGGAGUGGCAUUAUGUGGCCACCGUAUCCACACUCUAAGAAAUUAUUACGGGCUAUGAAUAAACGUCUUUCAGUGAAUGCUACACUUGAGUCCUGCCGUCUUUAGAACAGGGUAUGUACACUUAGUAGCCUAGUGAAUAGGCCUAGUUUCCCGAUUUGUUUUUAAGUGAGAGUCAUCUGUUGGUGUCUGUGGUAAUUAAAUGUAGUUAUUGCGGUGCCAGUCUGAUGUCGGCAGAUGUAAGUCAUACUCCGAUGACAUUAUUCACUGCUAUUUACUGAAUUUCAACUGAGUUUGAAUGCGUCAUUUCAUUAUGAAAACUUAUAAGCUUGUGAAAAUUCCAGCACGAAAAAGCUCCCUGCCCCCCUUUUAGAAUAUUUUUUAAAGUAAAAAACACCCAUCACACUCGUAGGCCUACAUCGUUUACUACGGGCCUGCUUAUGCAAAAAUAAAGACUUGUUUUCCAAUAAAGCUUUCACAUUAUGUGCUACAAGUUAUUGCUAUUUAUGUGAAAAAUAUAAUCAAAUUACUGCAAUUCGCAUUUUUGGUUUUGUCUGGUAUAAGUUGAACAGUGCAGCGUAACUUUGUGCAUUAUUGUAGCAAUAUGCGUGUGUGGACUUUGAUACAUGAUGCGGACAUCUUUACAAAUGCAUGUUUGUGUUUUUUAACAGGUCAACUUUGGAAUUGUCAUAUGAAAGACAAGUUGCCCUUAAGCAAACAUGACACACGUCUGUUUUCGACGUGUGUUUUUUUGUCUGUCUCGAUGAUCAUUUGGAAAAAUUGAGAUGAAAGGUCAAAAUAAAAGUUCAUGUACUGGGUUAGCUCACCGCACCUGAGAAAGCAGUUUGCAAAAUGUUGGCCGAGGGGGUGUUGGUCUUUUUUCUUGCGAUCUGGUAUUUCCUCGAAUCUUUUGUCAAGACUUGCGUUGAUCUUUUCGCGCCAUUAUCCAUCCGAAGACCAAAAGAUGUGACAUGCGAGAUCGCUUUGGUGACGGGUGGUGGGGCGGGGUUGGGGCGUCUCAUGGCAAUAGAGUUAGCCAAGCUAGGAGCUACCGUGGUGAUCUGGGACGUCAACCAGCACGGCAAUGAGGAGACUGCGCGUAUAAUACGUGAGCUAGACGCUGGAGACGUACUCGCAUACACUGUAGACGUCAGUAAGGCAGAGCAAGUGUAUGCAGCAGCUGAUCGAGUUCGACAGGAGGUUGGUGAUGUCACCAUGCUGGUCAAUAAUGCUGGCGUAGCACACUACAAACCGGUACUGGAAUGUUCCGAUCGCCUUAUCCAGAAAAUGGUAGACGUCAAUGCCAUCUCGCACUUUUGGCUUCUCAAGACCUUCCUACCAGCUAUGAAGGAAGCCAACCACGGUCAUAUCGUGACCAUCGCAGGUACUGCAGCCUAUUUCCCUAUUCGUCAUAUGGGCGCCUAUACAUCCAGUGUCUGUGCUGCAGUAGGCAUACACGAUGCUAUACAGGUGGACCUGACAUUUGAAAAUAAGACCGGUAUCAAGAUGACAUUGGUCUGCCCGUCCUUGAUCGCCACAAAUAUGAUACUAGGCCGCAUCAAUUAUGGGACGGCGAGCAUCACGUCACCAGAAGAAGCAGCCCGAAUCAUUAUUGAGGGCGUGAUACUCAACAAGCGUAUGGUCUGUGUUCCCAAGAGAGUCCUCAUUUACACCGUCAUGAAAAGCUUGAUCCCGGUGAAGUUCCUGGUGAGAAUGCUGCGGUUCCGUAAGAUUGAAGAUCCACUGAUUAACAAGCAUGGCGUCCGUUAUGACGUCACGGAUGACGAGGAGAGUGACAAGAACGACGACUUUGAAAAUUUGUAGGAUUACCAUCCAGACGGCUGUUGUAUUGACAUGUUAAUUCUUUGGAGUAAGCUCGGCAUGUACAGUCACCUAGUACCUGCGCAGUUUUUGAAUACUACACAUAUUAGCUCGUUCCUCACAACGUUCAACUUCAGGACUAAGUUUAGCCUAAUUUAAAAAAAAAAUCCAAAGGUUUCAUGGAGUUCUUGUUAAUUAGUGAGCAUUUAGACUGAUGGGUACUAGUAGCAUGCUUAGGCUUUAAAUGUGUGUUUGGCACAUCAUUUACAUUUCUGUUGUGAUGAUUCUUAAACGCUGAAUAUAGCGUCCCGUGUAGUUAGAUGUUGUCGUCUGCAAAAUCCACUGCAUCCGCCCCCUGCUUUUGGAAUCCCUGGUGGUCGGUAGAUUUCAGAGGAAAUUCCAGACUUUGAACUUCAGACUCGCCGCGUUUUCGCUGUUCUCUUUAGGGUAUAGAUUUUCAGUGUUACAUAAAAAAUUAGAAAUGAGAUAGCAAACCUAGAAAAUGUCUCACAUUAAUCUAUUUCAAAUUGAUUGGAAUCUAUAUCUGUGUCCGAGCCCAUAACAGUUAUUCGUCACGCCUAUGCACGCGAUGAGCACGGGACAAGUUCGAAGUCGAUGCUCAUGUAUAGGGUGUCUAUAUGAGACACUAAAACCUAAUCCAAUAUUCCAAUAUAACGAGCACUGCGUGCCGUGGGGGUAUCUAUCGGUCUGAGUUUCAUUCGUUCGAAGCGGAGACCUUUCCUGUCUAUAAGCGUCUGAAAUGAUGUACAUGCAAAUUUAAUGCAUGAUGCAAUUUCCGUAAGAAACAACGAAGAACAAAGAGCAAUACUUCAGGACACACUUUGCAUUUAUUUCACGCCAUAGUGAUAUGAUAUUGCUCCCCAAAAAAAGAGUUAGAUGUGUGCAUGGCUUUUUCCAUUUACAAAUUUCUUUUGUCUUUCUUUUACAUGAAUAAGCUCAUUUUACAGAAAAGCGCAAAUGUUGAAUUGUUUCAUAGCCUCUAGGUUCUAUGUCAAUAUUGGGAAUUGCCCUUCACCAACGUAUAAGUAAAAAUCAAUCAUAUGAAUAGAUGCUAUGUCUGUGGCUCAUGCGCUGUAGAAUUCAUAACUCAUGAGAUUGCAUAGCCUACUGGUGGUCGCCAUGUUCCAUAUCUGCCGUUGGGAGUGUAUUUCAGACAGAAGUCAUCCAUAUAAGCUUUUGUGUAGCGCCUUAUCUCGAAGCGCUGGUUCUGCUAUAAUGUUUAAUAGUCUUAUAAAAUGGUCGGAUCAUCUCCGAUGCUAUCAGUUCUGUUGGUUCGUUAAAAUACAAUGCUAUACUCAGCAGAGUUACAUUAACUUGUACUUAAACUGGUUCGUUUAUAAUAAAGAUA